UUCCGGCUGCUCGAUGUUCAUCCUUCGCCGCAUGAUGAGCCCAAGAUCAUCUGCUCCAUGACCCACAAGAGUCUUGGUGAGCGCCCGCUUCCUGCCUAUGAGACCAUAUCGUACUGCUGGGGCAACUCCCUACAUCGAUCCGAGGUCAUUGUCAAUGGCCACAGAGUCUCGGUGCCGGCGAGCACUGCCAUGGCGAUAAGACGAAUGCGGAUCGACGCUCUGUGCAUAAAUCAGCGCGACGUAGACGAGCGUACUGUUCAGGUCAGCCUGAUGGGAGAGAUUUUUCGUCACUCGACCGGUAAUCUCAUCUAUCUUGGAGAAGAU